AAUGCAAGAGUUCCAAAUUGAUUUACUUUAUUUGAUCAAUUGACUGAAGUUAUGGAUCUCUACCUUUGCUUCAUCUGCUUCCUCGUUUCUUCUUUCGUCCUCGUCGCGUUUUUCUUACUGACAUGUGCAGGCAAAAGAGGUGGCAUGAACAUGAUGAUGACCCUGCCAAGCCUCAGACAGAUGCGUGGAUCUCUAGUGCGUUUGAAAAGUUGGAAACUGAGUGAAGACCAAAGGAAUGAAAAAGUACCUCAAUCAAACUUUGAAGCUGAAAGGAAGAGAAGGAAUAAGCUUAACGACGUAUUCCAUAUCCUUCGCACUUUGCUUCCCAACAAUACUGGGAUGGACAGAGCUUCCGUCAUUGGGGACACAAUUGCUUACGUGUCAAAGUUGCAGAGGCAAGUAAAAGAACUUGCUGGAGAGCUUGAACUUAACUCAAAUGGUGGAGCAAAGGAAACUAGUUAUAUUUGUGGAAACAAUGGCAAUUUACAAUCAGAGUUUCUACGUCAAAUGGAAACUAUCAUUGCAAACACACCGGAAAAUGAAAAGAUGGAGCCACAAGUGGAAGUAACUGAGUUGGAUGUUAAUGAAUUCUCUGUGACUGUAUUAUGUGAGCACAAGCCAGGAGGGUUUGUGAGACUGAUGGAGGCAUUGGAUACUUUAGGCUUGGAAGUAACCUAUGCAAAUGUGACUAACUUCAAAACCCUGAUCUUUAAUGUCUUUAAAGUACAGAAAAAUGACAGUACCGGUAAAAUAGUUCAAGCUGAUCAUGUUAAGGACUCUUUGCUGGAGAUAACUCGGAAACUGUCAAUGGAAUCCAUCAUAAGGGUGGCCUGAGAAUCUGAGAUGAUGGCUAAAGCAUUAUAUAUAUGGAAUGGCAGAUGAGUGGAUCGUCACUCUUAUCAUGAUCGUUACCAAUAACACCAUCUCUACAGUUACUUCGUCAUACCACUUACAACAUCUUUAUCAUCAGUCGAUCAUAAUCUACUCAGUUCAUGUAUGAGUUAAGUAGGAGCAUUCGGUUUCUUUCACUUCAUGUCGUACGAACUUAGUUAUAAUGGUUAUUUUAAAUAUACUUCAUGUUUUUACUUUUA